AUGAAGGGAUAGGGUUUGUAUUGGGCAUUAUGGGGCUGGUGGGCUGUGUAUGGAAGGGAGCAUUGUACCCUGGGAGGGUAUGGAGCUGUGGGAUUCGUGCGCUGGGAGGAAAGGGUCCUGCACUGGGGUGAUGGGGGUAGAGGGGUAUCUCUCAGACAUAUAUCCUCCCCCUGGCCACAGUGCUGCCAGGCAGCAGCGCUUGUGCCCGCACCUUGGCAUGGAUGUUGCUGCUUGGUAGCUCAGGUGUUGGCAUGAACAGAAUUCGGAUCCAUGUUUUGCCAUCAAGCCGAGGACGCCUCACUCCUGUGCCGCGGCCACAGGAGCCUCUGUCCUGUGCCUUCACCCACCGCCAGUGCUCCCAGCCGCGGCUGGAGGGGCAGGAGUUUUGUAUUAAGCACAUUCUUGAAGACAGGAGUGCCCCUUUCAAGCAGUGCAGUUAUGUUUCAACAAAGAAUGGAAAGCGGUGUCCCAACGCUGCGCCCAAACCAGAGAAGAAAGAUGGUGCGUCGUUCUGUGCGGAGCAUGCCCGUAGGAACGCUCUGGCACUCCAAGCUCAGAUGAAGAAGUCCAGUCCUGGGCCUGUAAGCGAGACUCUCCUUUGCCAGCUUAGCUCUUAUGCCAAAACAGAGCUGGGCUCUCAGACUGCAGAGAGCAGCCGCAGCGAAGCCAGUCGGAUCCUAGAUGAGGACAGCUGGAGUGAUGGUGAGCAGGACCCUAUCACAGUGGACCAGACGUGGCGAGGGGACCCAGACAGUGAGGCUGACAGCAUCGAUAGUGACCAGGAGGAUCCCUUGAAGCAUGCUGGUGUAUACACAGCUGAGGAGGUGGCUUUGAUCAUGCGAGAGAAGCUAAUUCGCCUGCAGUCUCUCUAUAUUGACCAGUUCAAACGGCUCCAGCACCUUCUGAAGGAGAAGAAGCGCCGAUACCUGCACAGCCGCAAGGGAGAGCAUGAAGCCAUAGGCAGCAGCCUUCUGACAGGCCCGGAGGGGCUGAUGGCCAAGGAGCGUGAGAACCUGAAGCGCCUGAAGUGCCUGCGCCGCUACCGGCAGCGCUAUGGCGUGGAGGCCCUGCUCCACCGGCAGCUGAAGGAGCGCAGGAUGCUGGCGACCGAUGGCGCUGCCCAGCAGGCGCACACCACCCGCUCCAGCCAGAGGUGCUUGGCCUUUGUCGACGAUGUCCGAUGCUCGAACCAGUCCCUCCCGAUGACCAGGCACUGCCUUACGCACAUCUGUCAGGACGCUAAUCAGACUCUGUUCAAACCGUGUCAAGGCUCUGAGGAAGUGCCCUGCAACAAGCCAGUCCCCGUGAGCCUUUCGGAGGAUCCGUGCUGCCCGCUCCAUCUCCGUUUGCCUCCGCAGAUGUACGUACCCGAGCAGGUGCUGGCUGUCCCUGAGGAGCUGGAAGCUGCCCCCACAGAUCUGUACUUGAGUGCUGCUGAGCUCCAGCCCACGGAGAGCUUGCCCCUGGAGUUCAGCGAUGACUUGGACGUGGUGGGCGAUGGCAUGCAGUGUCCUCCAUCCCCUCUGCUCUUUGAUCCUUCUGUGGCCCUCGAUCAGUCCCUUAGAGACGUUGCCGAGGCCCCCAUAGACAUACUGGCCCUGGAGGAGCCUUCCCACCCAGGUCUCUCUCUGCAGACGGUGCCGACGGACAGAGGGAGCUCCUCUGCUCACAUCUUCUCCCCAGCCACCGAGCCUCCGGCCAAGCUGCCUGCACAGCAGAGUCACCUGCCGCUGGCAGCGUGCCGGCUGGGGCCCAGGGACGACAGACGGCCGGAGGAAGCCACCACCUCCACCCAGACCCGUGGAGCAGCCGCUAACGGGAGCCUGGAACCGGGGUCCGUGAGCUGAGACUGGCUGCACGCGGCAUCUCUGCGCUCCCUUGCGAAUCCUCGCUCGCGCCGAGUCACGGCGGAGCCAGUUGGUGGGACGCGUGUGGAAACCUGCAGGCGCCGGCGUCCUCGCCCAGCACGGGGCUGAACUGCAGCUCCAGCUCCUCUGCAGGGGUGAUUCCUGGAGCGGUGGGGGCUGAAACCCCGGAGUGGGGACCCCAGACCCUCUUUCCCCCCACUCUGCCUGCCCUUGUGGUGGGGAGUCCUGCGGCUGCCAGGCUAGCCAGGGGAGAAGCCACAGAGGGACUCGGGGAAAAGGGCAGAGCUGCUCUCCACGCUCACUGGGGUUUUGGGGUCCUUUGCUGUGGGGAAUGGUCUGUGUCUCAUGUUGCCCCCCCGAGGGGGGGGGGUUCUGAGGCCAGGGGUGGUCUGCGAGCCCUGUAAUGUUUUCAGUCCGGGGAGGAGGUUUCCAUCCUGCGGGUAACCCCCACAAUAAAGCGAUGGAGGUGGG